AUGGAGUACUCCACUGACCGUAAGCUACGUUCCAGAAGGAGGGAGGGAGAACCUUCAAGAUCAAGGUUUGCGCCCGAGGAGGACGGCAGUAGACGGCAGGCUGAUGAUGAGCCAUUGAUUCACCCAAAUGUUGUAGACCCUGCAUCCCAAAGAAUCUUCUUGGUGUCAUUCUUUGUGCUUAUCCAGUGCUGGAAAUUGUACGAUGUUGUAAUGUUGAAAACAGGAGUAGAAAGGACGGUUGCUGGUGGCCUUUUACCAUUGAACAGCUUUACCUUUGUGUUGAAGUAUGCAAUAGCAGAGGGCCUUUUUCUCUGGAUACUACCAAUCUUGAAUGUGCAGUAUCUUACGUUUUCCCCAUUCAAGACGCUUUUGCUUACCUUUUUAUUGAAUGGGUAUACAUUUGUGUUAGCAAGCGACACCACGAUACCAAUACUAUCAGGUAUAGUACUACCAAUAUGGAAUUCUAUCAACAAGAAGAAGGAGUUGACUAUAGGAGGUGAUACAGUUACACCCCAAAGUGUGAUUGAUAUGUCUACGCAUUUCAAGGGGAAGUAUACCAUUAAUUAUCUUCCAGAUCUGUCAGCCAAGUUCAAUCCAUUCAAAUUCGAGAACUUAUGUUUGACGGGUAGUCCUUCUUCCAUAUCAUCGUACUCAUCGUCAUCGUCAAGCUCUUCUUCAGAUAUUUUCAACAUGCCAAUUGAAUUUAAUACUACAAAUCAGUUAGGGUCUUUGGAAAUUCAACACACUGAUCCGUUCAAUAAAGUUUCAUAUAUAAAUUUCACAUCAUAUGAACUAAGUAAGCUAGCUAGAAAGGACUACACGCAUUUAUCAUCAUUCGUCUCUAAGGAAGCAAAGUUGGACCACAGAGUAUUCUACAUUGAAGUUCCUUUAGCCGCAUCGGGGUCUUAUAAAAUCCACAGUGUUAAAGACUCGAAAGGAAUAAGUAUCAGGACCUAUAAAUCACUGGUGUUGCUACUGAACUGUCCAACGGCUAAGUUUGUAUAUCCCAAAGAUUCAAACGCUUAUGGAAGACCAAUAUGUGUUCCCCCAAGCAGAGAUGAAGUUGACUCAAGACUCUCCAAUUUGGACUUACCAAUUGUCAAAGUCUAUGGAGUAACCCCACUUACUUUGAAGAUAGAUACAAUUGUAAAUGGAAAGAAGAAGAAUGGCUUCUCCAUGGUGGUUAAUGACAACGAAGAAGAUAAACUCAAGGUAAAGAAGAGCAGUACGGAUCUUUCCUGGUUGCAAUCACAUUCCAUUUCGCGUAAUAUAAUUGAACAAGAAAUAUUGCAAAACCCUUCAGCGAUCAUUCCUGCGAAUGAAGGAGGCUCCCUUGAAUUCCAUUUAUCAGAAAUUGUCGAUUCUUUGGGACACCUGAUUCGCUAUAAUCCAUCGUCGAAAGACCUGGAAAUAUUUCAUUCACUUGAUCUUCGUGUGGAGCCUACUAUACUGAUGUUAGAAGCUCAGCCAGAUCAACCUUUGUUGAUAAACAGAACGAAGACGCUUCUGAUAGCACCGAGAUCGAAUUCAUUUAAGAAUUCUGACUUUCCAUUGUCUGUGAAUAUCGCUUAUGAACACCCAUCCAAGGACUCUCUCUUGGCUUACAACUUCACGAAAGUAUUUGUUGACAGUCUUGACUUGAAGAAAGGAUUCACUGUCGACAAAGAGGGGAUAUACACAGUGCUAGAAGGUAAAAGCAAAUUCUGCGAUUGUAAUAUUGAUCGCAGUAAAAAUAAAGUAAGCCUUACUUUAGCUCCGUUACCAGUAGUUGAUAUUAAAGCUGAACCUAUAGUUGACAAGUGUGUGGGUAUGACUGGGUAUAAUUUCGAAUUUGAAUUUAUCGGAGCACCACCAUUCCAGAUUCAAUAUCAAGUGUUUCAGAAACAAUCGAAUGGUGCAGUGAGAUUACUUCAAAAUGAAAAUGGAAUGGCAUCAAGAUAUAUUAAGUCUUAUAACUCCAAACAUGAUUUUAUGUACAAACCACCAAGAGAGGGUACAUACUUAGUCGUGUUUAAUAAACUUAAAGAUAUGAAUUACCAAAAAGACCCUGUUCAGUUAGAUGAAGCUACCCACACUUAUGAAACGUAUUUCAAACAAAGAUCUAGUGCAAGUUUAUCCUUGGGAGGCAGAAGAAGUUUGAACGGCUGUCUUAAUCAAGCUACUACCAUUCCUCUUCAAUUGCGGGGAAAUCCUCCUUUCUCAUUCGCCUAUAGUAUCAUUGAGAGGGAGUCGAAGAAGAAGUUAAUAGAUAGAAAGAUAGUGGAAAAUGUUGAGACAGAUGUCUUCGAAAUCCAGACUCCAGCUUUCGAAUUUGGAGGAGAGUUUCAAGUUAUUAUUUCAAAUUUGAAAGAUGGGUUAUCUUGUGACGUUGACUUUGACUACAAGAAAGAAAUAUUCACUAUCAAAACAAGAAAGGAUAUUCCUAAAGUUUCUUUUCCUGAGAAUUUGAAAAACAAGGAUAUAAAAUUAGUUGAAGGGGACUCUAUGAAAGUUGCACUUAGUCUUUCAUCUAGUACUGGCCGUACGAAUAAUGAUAAGUUAGUAUACAGUGUAACGAGCUUAGACAACCCAGAAGAUGUAAAAAAAUUUUCAUUGAGAGAUUUGGAUUCGUUUCAUAUUAGAGAAGAAGGAAUUUACUCAUUAGUUUCAUUCAGCAAUGGCGAUUGUAGUGGAGAAGUAUCAGCAGAAAAGGAAACAAUUAGGGUAUCUUUCUACUCAAGGCCCAGUCUUGAAAUCCAGGGAUUAAAUGAAAACGUACUUAAUAAAAUUGAUUCUUCAACUCAUUUGAAAUCAGCUUGCCAAAACUGUCAAAAUGAAAUAAUGCUAAACCUUAAAGGUGUUGCGCCAUUUGUUGUUGACUACGAGGUGACUUUACCAAGUGGGAAAAUUGAAUCCAGAACCAUGACAAUAGAAGAAAAUAGCCUCAAGAUAUUCUUGCCUACCAGUCAAAGUGGUAAGUAUAAGCAUAGCUUCAAGGCAAUUUACGACCAACUAUACACAAGAGAGAAGGUUCAUAAGUCAUCAGCUUCGAAGGGCGGAGUUUUGGCUUCAGUAAGAUAUGAUAUUCAUCCGUCUCCAGAUGUUUUGUUUAACAAGGAAAAGUUUAUUCAAAUUUGUGAAUCAAAUGUGAAUCAGGUUGGUGUCAUUACAGAAAUCCCAAUCAAAUUUGUUGGAAGUUAUCCAUUUAGGGCAAACGUUAGCUUAACCCACGAAUUAACAGGAGCAGUGGAUCACCUCAUUCUUGAAGGUAUCUCGGAACCGGUUUUGAAGAUUAGCGAGCUCCACGAAACUUUAUCAGUGGGGAACCAUAUUCUUACAUUCAAUGAGAUUGUAGAUAGUAAUGGAUGCGGUAGAACAGAGUUUUCUGAGUUGAAUAAUUUUGUCAUUGCCAUUACUGAAGUUCCAAAUAUUUCGAAGAGAAAGCACCUGAAUAGUACUUCUAAGAAGGAACAUUAUUGUGUUGGUGAUCACAUUAGCUACAAUAUGUCAGGGUUCCCACCUUUUACCGUGUACUAUGAAUUCAAUGAACACCAACAAAAGGCUGAACUUUCUCCUCCCAUUUUCCAAAGAUUGGCUUCCAAGGCCGGUAAUCUCUCAAUUACAGCGUUACUGGACUCUUCUGCAAACCAAUGUCUCGUGAACUUUACUUCUGAUAUCAGCAAAUUGGAAGAACUUAAAUUAAGAAUUUACGAUUUACCUUCAGUGGAGAUCAAUCAAGGUGAUUACAUCGUGGAAGAUAUCCAUGAGGGAGAUCAAACCGAGAUAGUGUUCUCAUUCGAAGGUGUACCUCCAUUUACUUUAACAUAUAUCAGAACCAUUGAAGUGAAAGGUAAAGGAAACACGGUGUACGACAAAGUAAUGGAAAAGAAGACGAUAAAGGAUAUUUGGGAUUACACCUACACUGUGAGAGCAAGUCUUGAAGGUACGUAUGAAGCCAUUGAACUUAGUGAUGCCUAUUGUGUAGCGCGCAAAGAUGGAAGAGACUAUUGA